UUAGGGGUGGGCGGAGCGGGGGGGGCUUCGGCCGCUUCUCCCACCCCCGCGGGCGUCGGGCUCGAAGGCAGGAGCUGGGUCCCGCGCUCGCCGCGGAACCAGCAGCACAGGAGGCAGGUGGACGGACAUGGAGGUCGCCCGGCCGAAGGCGCCCGCGCCUGACCCUAUCUAGGGUGACCCGCGGGCUUCAUCUCUCCUCAUCCUCGGAGCGAGGCCGCGGCCGGGCCCGGGCCCGGCGCGGAGUAGGACCAGGACUUGUGCAUCAGAGGAGGAGCCGGCCAAGGAAGAAAAUGAGAAUCUUCUCUGAGUCUCAUAAAACUGUUUUUGUUGUGGAUCACUGCCCGUAUAUGGCAGAGUCCUGCAGACAGCAUGUUGAAUUCGAUAUGUUAGUGAAGAACCGGACCCAAGGAAUCAUACCUCUAGCACCCAUAUCAAAAUCACUAUGGACCUGCUCUGUGGAGUCAUCCAUGGAGUACUGUAGAAUAAUGUAUGAUAUUUUCCCUUUCAAGAAACUGGUGAAUUUCAUUGUGAGUGAUUCUGGGGCUCACGUUUUGAAUUCUUGGACUCAAGAAGAUCAGAACUUGCAGGAGUUAAUGGCAGCAUUGGCAGCUGUUGGGCCACCUAAUCCUCGGGCAGAUCCAGAGUGCUGCAGCAUACUCCAUGGUCUGGUGGCAGCAGUUGAAGCGCUCUGCAAAAUAACAGAAUACCAGCAUGAGGCUCGAACCAUGCUCAUGGAGAAUGCAGAACGUGUUGGAAAUAGAGGUAGAAUCAUCUGUAUUACUAAUGCAAAAAGUGACAGCCAUGUUCGAAUGCUGGAGGAUUGUGUUCAGGAAACCAUUCAUGAGCACAACAAGCUUGCAGCUAAUUCAGAUCACCUAAUGCAGAUUCAAAAAUGUGAAUUGGUCUUAAUCCACACUUACCCAGUUGGUGAAGAGAGCCUUGUUUCAGAUCGUCCAAAAAAAGAGCUUUCACCUGUUUUAACCAGUGAAGUGCACAGUGUCCGUGCAGGUCGGCAUCUGGCUACAAAACUUAAUGUUUUAGUACAACAGCACUUUGAUCUGGCCUCAACCACAAUAACUAACAUUCCUAUGAAGGAAGAACAGCAUGCUAAUACGUCAGCUAACUAUGAUGUGGAGCUCCUCCAUCACAAAGAGGCGCACGUUGACUUUUUGAAGAGUGGUGAUAAUCAUACAGGUGGCAACAGCAGAGAAGGCACAUUUAAAGAAACUGUGACAUUGAAAUGGUGUACUCCUCGAACAAAUAGUGUGGAAUUGCAUUAUUGCACUGGAGCAUACAGAAUUUCACCAGUAGAUGUAAAUAGCCGACCUUCCUCAUGCCUUACUAACUUUCUUCUUAAUGGUCGUUCUGUUCUGUUGGAGCAGCCUCGCAAAUCUGGAUCUAAAGUCAUUAGUCAUAUGCUCAGCAGCCAUGGAGGAGAAAUUUUUCUGCAUGUAUUAAGCAGCUCAAGAUCAAUUCUAGAAGAUCCCCCAUCAAUUAGUGAAGGAUGUGGUGGAAGAGUCACUGACUACCGGAUUACAGAUUUUGGUGAAUUUAUGAGGGAAAACAGAUUAACUCCUUUUCUAGAGCCCAGAUAUAAGCUUGAUGGAAGUCUUGAAAUUCCUUUGGAACGUGCUAAAGAUCAGUUAGAAAAACAUACUCGUUACUGGCCUAUGAUUAUUUCUCAGACUACUAUCUUCAACAUGCAAGCUGUGGUGCCCUUGGCCAGUGUGAUUGUAAAGGAAGCAAUGACUGACGAAGAUGUUCUGAACUGUCAAAAAACAAUAUACAAUUUGGUAGACAUGGAGAGGAAAAAUGAUCCCCUGCCCAUUUCAACAGUUGGUACAAGAGGAAAGGGCCCCAAAAGGGAUGAGCAGUACCGGAUUAUGUGGAAUGAACUGGAGACCCUUGUGCGAGCACACAUAAACAACUCUGACAAACACCAUCGUGUCUUGGAGUGCUUGAUGGCCUGCAGAAGCAAACCUCCUGAGGAAGAGGAGCGCAAGAAACGUGGUAGAAAGAGAGAAGACAAAGAAGACAAGUCGGAGAAAUUGGGCAAAGACUAUGAGUCAGAUAAGCCAUGGCAAGAAUCAGAAAGAUUGAAAGGUCUUUUGGAUCGUGAAAAAGAAGACCUAGCAGAAGCUGAAGUUAUCAAAGAUUCCCCUGAUUCUCCUGAGCCACCCAAUAAAAAGCCACUUAUUACAAUGGAUGAAGUACCCACAGUUGAAAAGGCAAAAGGGCCAAUGUCCUUACUAUCUUUGUGGAGCAGCAGAAUUAAUACUGCUAACUCUAGGAAACACCAGGAAUUUAUUGGCCGUUUGAACUCUGUCAACAAUAAAGCUGAGCUGUAUCAACAUCUGAAAGAAGAAAAUGGCAUGGAAGCAUCAGAAAAUGGAAAAGCAGGCCGGCAGUGAGGACUUUGCCCGUGGGCAGAGUGCGGCCAAUCCGCAGGAGUGCUGCGUGCUGGAACGGAUGUGGGUACUGCUUCAGUACGGUUGUGUAGCUCUCUUUUGGUUGGCCUUCACAUUUCGCUUAGUUUUUGCUAUGAAAUAUUACGCCCACAUAUCACAUUAAAAGCAGUACGCAAACGGAGCUCUCCUGGAGUGUUUUGCAAAUUGCUUUUAGGAUGAAGGAAACCUGUGCUGCCAUGGACUAGUUCCUCAGAAGUGCUUGCAGAGUUUAAAGUCCUUUCUCAUAAGUAACAUUUUCACUAUUUCAGAAUCAGUGGUGACUGUUUAAAAAAAAAAAAUCAAGUAAUUGAUAAUUAAUGGAUAAUAUUGUUCAUUUUGAUUAAUCAGUAUUUUUAUUGAAAUGAAACUUCUUCAGGAGUCCACAGUUAUGGAAAAGGCCACACACCAAGUACAUCUGGCCACUGAGCUGAGAAAAUGCCAGCCUUGGCUUUCACGUAAGGGGUGGGAACGUGAGUGGUUUUACAGGUAAAGGACUUUUAAAAUGGAUUAGAAAUGUGCUUUAGAAAUCAAAGCCUUUCAGACUGUGCUGGAGUUAAGCCUUUGUCAGCAAAAGUAAAAUAAAAUGUUUGGCUAUCAUUAAAUUAUUUUUUAAAUUUUA